AUGGCCUCGGCAGCACGGUCAUUGACUCGGUCAGCCCAAUUUCUGGGCCGAAGGGGCCCAGGGCCUCUCUCUGUCCGGUGGUUCUCUGUCUCCCGAUUCAAUUCUAUUCAAGAAGACCCGGAGGUUCCUCCUCCCCCUCCGGAACUUCGGCCAGAAGACUUCCCUCCUAUGGCCGAGUAUUCACCAGACCUACUCACUCAGGAGCAGCGGUCCAUGUAUGACAUGCUGUCUCCGGAGGAGCGGGCUCAGUUUGACGCGGACAAUCGGCAGCAGGUUGCCGCCUUCAACGAUCCUCAGAAGCGAGCGGCGGCAUUUGCUGAGCUUGAGAAGAAAGUCAGCGAAGUUGACAGGAAUGCCCCCAUAUACACCGAGGAGAAACGUGGUAUCCCUCGCGGCUUCUGGGCCGAAGACGAAGAGGAUGAAUUGGCUCAUGCGUCGGAUGGGCCGACAAACAAGAAUGACGACGAAAUCACCUCGGCCGCGCAUGCCGAACUCGAGCUACACCGUGAGCUGCGCGAGUAUGCUAGGAUUACGGCGUGGGAUAUGCCGAUGUUGAGCAAGCUGGCCAAACCCUUCACGCUGCCCUCUGAAACUCAUAUUCUGCGCUUCCGCUACACCACAUACAUGGGAGAGCAGCACCCGGCCGAGCCCAAGGUCGUCGUGGAGCUCGCCUCCCAAGACCUGACCCCCAAGCAUCUCACCGAGGCCCAGCGCCAGACCUUCCUCAAGUUGGUCGGCCUGCGCUACAACCCGCAAACCGAUAUCGUCCGGAUGUCCUGCGAAAAGUUCAACUCGAGCGCCCAGAACAAGCGCUACCUGGCCGAUCUCGUCAAUUCGCUGAUCAAGGAAGCCAAGGAAGGGGACUCGUUCGCUGAUAUCCCGCUCGACCUCCGCCACCACAAGCCCAAGAUCCGGCAAAAGUUCCCAGAGUCCUGGAACAUGACCGAAGAGCGUCGUCAGCAGCUGGCCGCUCGCCGCGCCGAGCGCGUGAGUGCUGAAAAUGCCGAGCGUGUUCUCGUGAACGGCAAUGAAGUCGUCUCCAACGCCUUCCAGGCCCUGCCAGAAUUCAACCCUGCCCUCAAGGCCAAGGCUACCGAUGAGCGGGAGCGUGUUGCUGUCAAGGUUGGCGGCCGGUCAGGGAAGAAGUCGUCUCGCCGAUAA